AUGGAUGUGUUACCGCUGCUGGCGCUCUGUGAGUUUGUUUCAAAGAGAAGCUUUGCUGUGCAGCUGAAUGGAGAUCUGACGCUGGAGGUGCACGGCUCCUCCUCCUCACAGCUCCUCAGUGUGGCUUCAGGAGAUCGCACCUGUCCGCCUCACCUGGCAGAGUCCACUAGAGGAGCUGCUGAGGAGUUGGCAGCCAAUCGCUUCAGUCGCAGAUCGCAGGGCCAUGAUUCAUCGGAGAGCGAAGGGGAGGAGCUUGUGUCUCCUCCGAAGAGGCAGAAAGUUCAGGAUUCGGCCUCGACUCCCAACCCUCCCACAUCGACACACUCCACCGACAGCUCGGCUCCUUCCACUGUCCCGCCCCCAACCUCUGCUGCCAGCCAAUGCCGCGAGAGCGACAACGAGGACGGCCAGUCGCAGGGCAGCAGAAGUUCUGUGGUGGGCAGCCUGGCCAAUAGCAGCAGCAGUCUGAGCAGCGGGCGGGACAUCGACCAGGACAACCGGUCGUCCUCCCCCAGCCUGUCGGCCUCCCCCCUGGGCAGCCUGGACUCAGACUCGGAUGGACCCGACUCACCCAAGCAGGGUGACAAAGGGAAGGAAGGCAAGGUGUCAGGGGAGGACAGGAGGCGGGGGGAGGAGUCUUGUGGAGACGAAAAGAGAGACGUGGACGCCCGAUUGGAGGACUGUCCGACCCUGAAGCCCCCCUCCACCCCUUGCUCCACCCCGUCUGCCGACAGGAAGUCUUUCUUCUCCCUCGACUCCAAGCUCAUGUGUAAAGUCGAGUAUGGCAGCGGUGAAGCGGUCCUCAGCGGCGGCAGGAUGACCUCCAAAGCCAGUUCUCAGUGCAUCACCAAGACGACCAUCUCCGGGACAGAUUUCCCCCACAACAGCCCCAACCUGCCCCACCCCCUGCCCCCACCGCUGCCCCCUCCUCCGGCCCUGAAGCCCCUGGAAUUCGGCGGGCAGGUGGAGGUGAAGGCUGAGCGAGACAAACCGGACAAACCAGACAAACUGCUGGACAAAGCCCAGUCUGCACCCCCCUCGCUGCUGCCCCAGACUCCCCCUCAGGCCCCUGCCCACCACUACAGCGCCCCCGGCUGGCAAGGUGGCACGGCAACCGGUUGCCAGGGGAGCUGGGGCUAUUCCCGUUACCCUGGCAACCACCACCCGCCACAGCCCCCAGUGCAGCAGCAGCAGCUUCCCUCCGUCUACAAUCCCCCCUCUGCCCGACACUCUGCCUCCCACCCCUCUUACCUUCCUCACCCUCACCCCCAUCCCCACAGGGAGUACCUGCCCAGGUACACUGGAGGAGGGGGGGACCGAGAGAGGGGCGCGGCAGGAGACAGGGAGCGGGGAGUGAGGUUCCACAAGGUUCUGGACCGUGGCAGCGGGAACUCGUGCGCCCGUAGCGAUGUCCUCUUUGUCCCGCUGGACGGAUCCAAACUGUGGAAGAAGAGGAAUGAGAUGAUCGAACGGGCUCGCAGGGAGGUGGAGCAGCGAGCCCGAGACCUGAGAGAGAAAGAGCGGGAACGAGAGAGGGAACGUGAACGUGAGCGUGAGUUGGACCGACACCUGCAGCAGCAGAAGGACAUAGGCGCUGCUGGCGGCGCUCGCCAGGCCUCCUCGCUCUUCUUCCCCUCAUCGUCCUCCAUCAUCCUUGACCCUUCAUCGUCCUCUUCCUCGGCCAACCCCGUCUCCCACCCCCCUCCUCACCCCCAGCACCACCCCUCACACCCCCACGCUCACCUGCCUCCGACACACCACCUCCAUCCCUCAUUGUCCCACUCCAUCCCCCACUCUCUGCUGCUGCCCCCCAUGGGCGGAGCUUCAGCCGUGGUUGGCGGCCCUCAGGGGGCCCUGGGGAUUGGUUUAGGAGGUCCAUAUUUGGGCCCUGACACCCCAGCACUGAGGACUCUCAGUGAAUACGCCCGCCCCCACGCCAUGUCUCCGCUGGGGGCAGCGAGUCGAGCCCAGGCGCACCAUCCUCAGGUGCACCACGGACACCCCCACGUCCACCCAUCCUUCUUCCUGCCUCAAUUCCAGAACCAUGCUCUGGGCCACCCCCACCACCUGCCCACUGAUGCAGCCACAGCAGCAGCCAUCCUGGGCUUCCUGUACGGCGGCAGCCUAGAGGGGGGUCCGGGUAUGGGGGGCCACCCCGCUGUGGCCGGGGGCCCAAUGCCUGGGGGCCUUGGGGCUGCAGGGUUGGGAGGAGUGGGUUUCCCUCACGCGGUGGCGGCACAUCGAGACCGGAUAAAGCCGGGCUUUGAGUUUAAGAGCGAUGAGCGCGUUUACCCACCCGGGUCAAUCCCAGACCCCGCGGCGCUGGCCCUUGCUCACUCGCACUCGCACGCCCACGUCAACACUCACACACAUGCUCACUCCCUGCUUCUGGGAGGUGGAGCCGCAGGAGCCAAUGAGGUGUCGCUGUACGGCACUCCUCCCCCCCCAGCUCCACCUGCACCCCCCCACCUCCAGAACCCGACCCUGGCCCCAGUGGCCCGUCCACCCAACCCUCCUGCCCCCCAGUCCCUGUCCAAUCCACCCCCUUCCUCUCUCCUGNCCCGAACUCCUCAAACCGGGACUUCCCCCCCACCAUGGAGCAGACCCCUCCCUCCGGACCGGACCACUUCCACAGAGAUUACCCCCCCGCUCCCGCUGGGCCGCCCCCCACCACUGGCACCAACCGGGAGGGGGGCACAGCACCCUCACCCGCCUCACCCCCACUACCAGCCCAGAGACAGAGAGCGGGACUCAAACCUGCGGGAGGCACCACUGUACCAGAACCGGGGGGGUCCAAAUCAACCUCCUGCUCUGUCCCCCCCCUCCUCCUCCUCCUCGUCCUCUUCCUCCAGCCAUCAUGGACACAACGCUCCCUACCCGCCCCCUCCACCUCAGUCCUCCCAUGCCCAGCCCCCCUCUUCCGGUGUGGCUCCUAGCGUGCGCCCUGCCCACUACCAGUCCUCUGCCCAGACCCCCCCCACCCCACUGUCCCCCCUGCCAAGCCCGUCCACCAAUCAGAUGGGGGCAUUCUCCUCUUUCCCUCCAGGCUCCUCCUCCUCCUCCUCGGCGCCCCCCCUCCCUGCUCCAGGUGUGUCCUCCAGCUGCUCACCUGGGUGUCGGCCAUCUUCUUUCCACAGCACAUUGAACAGCCACGCCCCUUUCAGUGGGACGUACCACUCUAACGGAGGCGGUGGCGGGAACAUGGCUAACAGCAGCAGCAACAGUAGCGCAGCCAAUAGCAGCAACUCACAGUCCCUGUCACCUCAGAGCGCCGUGAAAGCCCCGCCACCCCUAAGUAAUGCCAACAGCAGCGUCCCAACACCAAGUGCUGGACCUGCCCUCCCCACCGGAGACGGACACUCAGAUUCAGGCCCACCCCCCACUCUUGUCAUCAAGGAAGAACCAAUAGAAGACAGGGAGGAGAAUGAGAGCCCGCCGCCAGUGCUGAGAAGCCCCUCCCCUGAGCCAAAACCUGUGGACAUUCCUAUACACGCCAGCCAAUCAGCACGGGCCGCCCCCCCUGAGAACUACCCCACCCCAACUCGCUCUCCCACCUCAUACGAGCGUGAGCGGAACCGGGACCGAGACCGAGACCGAGACCGGGACCGGGCAGCGCUGCCACCAUUCACAGAGCGAGAAAGAGAACGAGAACGGGAACGAGAGCGAGGAGGCAGCGGGGGAGGCAACGGGGCAGGAGCGGGCAGCGGAGGCGGGACAGGAGGGGCGGGAGGGGCAGGAGAGAACCUAGGCCGUCUCCAGAUGUUGAACGUGACGCCGCAUCAUCACCAGCACUCACACAUCCACUCACAUCUGCACCUGCACCAGCAAGACACAGCGGCGGGCGGGGUUCACCCCCUGAUGGACCCGUUGGCGUCGGGGUCUCCUUUGGCUCGCCUCCCCUACCCCGGGGCCACGCUCGGCACCCCCAUCCUGGCUCACCCCCUCACUGACAGCGAGGUGCUCCGCCAGCAGCUGUUCGGUGCUCCGUUCCGUGACCUGCCCCAGACGUCCUCCCUCAGCGGGCCCAUGUCAGCCGCCCACCAGCUGCAGGCCAUGCAGCAGGCCCAGAGCGCAGAGCUGCAGAUCCAGAGACUGGCCCUGGAACAGCAGUGGAUCCACCACCACCACCACUCCCUCACCCAGGACGAGUACUACAGCCACCUGAAGAAGGAGAGCGAUAAGACCCUGUGAGGGGGCAGCACGGACUAAAGCAGGAGGUCCAACACAGAAACGAAAGCACUGAAACCACGAAGAACAAAGACUCAAACUGAAGCUGAUGGACGAAGAAUUCAGCAGAUCUGAAGCAUCGGCGGCUUGAGGACGUUUUGUAUCGUGCUCUGUACAGUACAUUAGAUUUGAAGUACAGUUUGUGUAAAAUACUUGAAGGAAUGUGUACAUGAGUCUUUUCUGUCAUUGCAUGUAGCUUUAGGCGCUUCUUCUGAACUGGUGGAACUUUGGUUCUUUUAGUACCGACCCCCUCUUUUGUACUGAGGGUUCUAUAUGCAUGAGACCAGCAGUUUAGUGUUCUGUUUCCGAUCAAUAGUAUUGUUCUUCUGAUUAAUGUCGUCUGUUCGUUGAUGAUGAUAUAAUUAUAUAUACAGCACAUAUUAUUUGUAUUAUUUUUUUACAUUUUCAUGGUAUGGCAGUCGGUUUUUAUUUUUGAUUUGACUUGUGAAACAAGAUGCAAACGAAGGCAAAAAAUCUGGAAAUAAAUUAUAAUCUUUUUUUUUGCUAC